GUGCAGAUUCAUCAGUUCCUGUUCGUAGGGAUUGUGUGUGAGCACACACACACACACACUCACACAGCCAGACCAAGCUCAAGAGAGACGCACAGAUAAACAGGCAGAGAGAAGUGCCUUCUUUCGCUGACCCCUGUGGCUGUUUGGCUCCACUGAAGCAGCCUCUGCCUCCGUGCCUGUCCAUGUCUGCUGGAGGUGCCAGCCACACCGGGAGCCCAAGGACUGCCAGGACUGCCAAGCCCGUCCACUGAGCCCGUCUCCGCACUGCUGACAGCUCCCUCCCUCCCUUUCUCCCUCCACCUCCUGCCCUGUCUGUCUGCCAGCCAAACCUCUCUCCAUCCAUGCCACCCAGUCCUCCCCCCUGGAAGUCAACCACUCCCCCCUCCUCUCUUGACACAGCCUGAUACCGAAGACAGACAGCUUUUAUCGCCUUCUGUGGGCGGGAGGAGAUUGUCCCUUUGCUGUCCUCUCCUCCUCCUGCUCCUCCUCUUCCUCCUCCUCCUCCUCCUCCUCCUUCCUCCUUUCCUCCAGCCCCACAUCCCUUCAUCAUGGACCAACCCGAUCGAUAAUGUGUUUUGCCAUUCGUCUCAUCUGACAGUUCAGCUGAGGAGAGAGAAGACAGAGGGAGUGUGUGCCUGUGUGUAUGAGAGAGUGAGUGAGAGAGAGAGAGAGAGAGAGAGAGAGAGAUUACAAAGCAAAACUCUGUGACGUUCACUAGCCCUUGGGUGACAGGCUGUGAAGGAUUCUUAUUAGAGCCACAAACAGACUCUUAGGAUGGGCCGCAGGUGGUAGGCAAGUCCCAGGCCUCACAGGCUUCACCUCAGAAACAGACCUUGGAGACAAAAAACCUCUCAAGGCAGGCUUUCUCCCAUGUCAUUUUCUUCUCCAUUCUCAUUUUUCCCAGUGCCAUUAGAAACACUCCGAUACACACACAUUUGUAUUGGCUGGAUACCUUUUCCUCUUAAUCGACCGCUCCCGCCUCGUUCAAAAUGGCGGUGAAUGUGACACCAAUCCGGGACACAAAGUGGCUGACGCUGGAGGUUUGCCGGGAAUUCCAGAGAGGAACUUGUUCGCGGCCGGACAGCGAGUGCAAGUUCGCCCACCCUGCCAAGAGCUGUCAAGUGGAAAAUGGAAGAGUCAUUGCUUGUUUUGACUCACUCAAGGGCCGCUGUUCCAGGGAGAACUGUAAGUACCUGCAUCCUCCUCCCCACCUAAAGACCCAGCUGGAGAUCAAUGGGAGGAACAACCUGAUCCAACAGAAGAACAUGGCCAUGCUGGCCCAACAGAUGCAGCUCGCCAAUGCCAUGAUGCCCGGCACACAGCUACAGCCAGUGCCCAUGUUUUCAGUCACACCCAGCCUUGCCACCAAUGCCAGUGCUGCUGCAGCAGCAGCUGCAUUUAACCCCUACCUUGGCCCUGUGUCACCUGGUCUGAUGCCCGCUGACAUCUUGCCCAGCGCCCCCGUACUGGUCACCAGCAACCCCAGUGUCCCUGUACCAGCUGCUGCUGCUGCUGCUGCGCAGAAACUCAUGAGGACGGACAGACUGGAGGUAUGUCGGGAAUACCAGCGGGGUAACUGUACACGUGGGGAGAACGACUGUCGCUUUGCCCAUCCUGCAGACAGCACUAUGAUUGACACCAAUGACAACACAGUCACUGUGUGCAUGGACUACAUCAAGGGUCGCUGCUCCAGGGAGAAGUGCAAGUACUUUCACCCUCCGGCUCACCUGCAGGCUAAGAUCAAAGCUGCCCAACACCAAGUGAACCAGGCUGCAGCUGCUGCAGCCAUGACUCAGUCGGCUGUCAAAUCACUGAAGCGACCCCUCGACGCAACUUUUGACCUGGGGCUCCCUCCUGUCUUGCCUCCUUUACCAAAGAGACCUGCACUUGAAAAAGCCAACGGUGCCACCACCAUGUUCAAUGCUGGUGUAUUCCAGUACCAACAGGCCCUGGCCAACAUGCAGUUUCAGCAGCAGACUGCCUUCAUACCGUCAGGCUCAAUAUUGUGCAUGACACCUGCAACAAGUGUUGUACCCAUGAUGCACGGUGCUACUCCAGCCACUGUGUCUGCAGCCACCACAUCUGCCACAAGUGUCCCCUUUGCAACUGCAGCAGCCAGUCAGAUUCCAAUAAUAUCUGCAGACCAUCUGACUAGUCACAAGUAUGUGACCCAGAUGUAGGAGUCUCAAUCAGAACAAUCAAACUGGAGUGUGCUGGUGUUCAGUCCAAGAUUAGCGAUCACCCUUCAUGCCUGUAACAUCAAGAGCAAAACGAAGAACCACUUUUAAACUGGAUUGGAGUCUGCAUGUUAACAUAAAGAGGCCCAGUUUGUCAGUGGUUGUUUUCAUGUGUAUCUCAUGCACACAACAGUGAUAGAAUUGAAAAGAACAUCAUUCACAUUAAUGUCUGCCUUUCGCUCUGUGAAGGCAUCUUACCUUUAUUCACCGGACACACUUUGAAUGUCAACAUGAGGUAAAUGUGUGGAGCAGAAGUCAAAAUGACUAGAGUGGUACGUCCAUAGACCAAGAAUAAUGGCUUAUUUUGUGUGUAUGUUUAUUUGCUGUUUUUUUUUUUUUUUUUUUUAAACCUAAAUGUGUUCAUUUGUUUACACAAAGGUGCACCUUGCAUUUUGAUUAAGGUAAACGAACUAAGGAAGGUAAUUUAACUGAAUCACAUAUGCAUGCACAGUGGUUUGUUUAUGAUUUUGUUUUCUGUUAAAUUGGUGAUAAGGGCAGUUAGAGGAUGCUCAGAGGCAAAACAACAACUGAAUGUCUGCGAGGUGUCUUUCAAACCUUUGUAGCCUAUCUUUCUAUCUCCGAAGUACUUGUCUUUAUUCCUGCAGGCGUCCCUGUAAAGUGCCAUACAUCUCUAAAACAUGAAUGGUAUUUUAGCAGUGUUACAAAGGUGUUAAAAUCAAUAAUUCCCCUUAAUGAGUCUCCAGUGUGUUUGCUCUCGUGGACAGCAUGUCUUCGCAGCUCCCUGUGAUUCCCCAAUAGCACCACGCCGAUAAGGUUACCUUUCCUUGUGUGUCUGCUUACCCAAACGCUGUGUUGGACGAAUAGUUUUUUUUUUGUUUUGUUUUGUUUUCCAUCAACUUUGUGUGGAUGUCAGGCUGUGAGACAGGAAAAGGCCAGAUCUGUGCUGACACAGGUCUCUCCGCGAUUAGUAAGUCUUUUGACUCGACUCUUGCUGCAGGUGAAUUGGAUGCAGGGUCUUGGCAUGCCUGAGAGACCAAAGACUCUUUCAAUGAGGAUUUGAUGGACACUCAAAAAAUAGCUUUGAAACAACAGGGCCCCUCACCGGGCCCCCAAACUGCUGUGAGACAGGGGAAACUUCCAAGAUGGCAGGGCAAAAACAAUGAUGGGUUUGCUAGACGUACGAAUCAACCUUCAUUUAUAUGGUUUCUCUUAUUUUAAGGUGGAUUGUCAAAGUAGAUUGAGUGUAGUGUAUAUAGUCUGACAUAUUUAAGAGAAUGUGUUUCAUGUGUCUGCUGUUUUCUGAUGGUCGGCCAAAGUCUUUUUUGUGUCAUUGUUUUUAGAUAUCGUGGGUAGACUAGUGGGGCUAAAUUUUGAAAGCGUGUGGGCUGCCUAAGAGGCGCCGAUGAAAGACUGGGUGUUUAGAGUAGAUCUCUACAACUCUGCUUUUGUUCUGUUCUGGGUGUUCUUCAGGCAUAUUUAAUUGGUGGAUAGUACAGGGAAAGUGGCAAGUAUAUAACGAUUGUAUUACUCAUCCAAAGCCUUAGAAUGCACCAUCGGGUCAGCACAAUGCAACAUGCCAUUUUGAACCAUCCAGUUGCCUAAUCCACACCACAUUAAUACACACACAGAGCACUAUGUAACUGUCACAGUUAUAUUUUUUUUCUCAGUGUUUUCCUUUUCUUUUUUGUGGUUUUCUUUAGAGAAGCGUGUUUUAACUUCACUUUGUUUGGAUGAUGUUUUGAUAUUUAGUUGAGAAGUUGUUUUUUUUUUUGUCUUAUUAGAUUUAUCUUUCUUAGAAUGAAUAUAAAGUAAAGUGUGUGUUUUGUGUGUUCCUCAUGCACAGUUUUCUGAAAUUCCAUGUAAUGUUGAUUUUAGUAUGAUUAUGAUUGUAAACUCAAUAUUUUCUACGUUAUGCAUAUUGUUGAACCGUAUGCAUAUUGUUCAUUUCUCUAGUCUUUUUGAGUUCUUUGAACAAAGAUGUUUUAUAUGAGUAUCUUACAAUGAGGAAAUAAUAGAACAGAGAGGCUAAGUUGUCACUGUGGCAACAGUUGCCGAUAACCGAGUAAUAUUUUAAUGAUUGUAUGGUUUGUAACUAGUCAUAUAAGAAAAAAAAGACUAUUAUAAAAAUCUAGUUCUUAGAUGUUUAGAGUAAAGACGUUAUUUUCUACUGUAUCCAUUUCAAAUAGUAACUAUUGUUUGACUAUUUUUACUCUCCCUGGAAAUUGGGCCAUGUUGGAAAACAAGCUGCAUAUUUGAUCACUUUUCGGGGCGUUGCUGGCAGGGUCAGGUGAAGGUGGUGAGUAGAGAGCUGAGUCUGCGCGCUCGUCUCUUACUCGGCCAACAGCAAACAAACGAGGGGGGAAUCUAGAGGCGAUGAAGGUUGACUUUUUUGCACUUCUGUACAUAGUCAAAAAAGAGAGAAUCAUGUAUAUUGAGAUCUUAUUUUGAAUAAAAAAAAAUGUCUAUAACGACAAGGAAUUUUGCUAGGAUAACAAAAAAAUCUUAUGAAAGGCUGAACAAAAUUGCUUGCAUAAAAGGGCACUGAGUUCUCACUCUCCUACCCCUUUCAGAAAAGGCAAAGUGUUGCUCUUCUUUUUUGUCAGCAGCUUGUAGUUUGCCAGGUUUCCUUCCGGAGGAGGCGUUCACUACCCUCCAGCGCAAGGGCCUGACUGGGUUUGUCUGGUCCCCUAACCUGCCUACACUGACAGGUCUGUGUGUCAUGGCCACGCCCUCCCAGGCCCAACCAAUCACAACACGUCCUGUUUCUUUACUUUUUUUUCAGAGAGGAAUGCAUGUUAAAGGAAAUACAUAUACCUUUAAAAAAAAAAUCACAACACAGUAAUACUGAAUAAGAAAACAUGUUACACAGCAAGAUGUAUUUACAGUAUACAAUAUUCUAUCAAUGUAAUGGACUAAAAUAUAAAAAAAAAUACAAAAAUAGAAUAGUGGUUUUAUUUAAAAAAGAAAAAAAAAAAAGGUUCCUAAGAAUAUACUCACAAAAGUUUCACCACUUGGAGAGUUAAAAUACAUACAACACAAACACCAUAGCUAUAAGUAUGUUCUUUAUGUUUGAAAGCUGUGCUUCUAGUAGAUGAAAUUGACUACACAGGAAUGUAGUUCAUCAUCAGGCAGAAUUUAAGGGAACUGAUCAUCUUGGAUUGAAGUAUUCAUUUUAUAGUUUGGCUGAUUAACUUGUUAGUUUGGAAUUUUGUCCUGAUCAUCACGUCACCUUUCAUCUCCUACAAGCACGCAUGCUUAAGUUUAUGAUAUAAUGUAAACGAAACUUUUUUUUGUUUUGUUUUGUUUUCUCCGCUUGUAGUGCUAAAAUGAUGUAUUCUGUCUUCUGCUGCGGUUUGUUUCUGCUUGUUUUACUGUCCCAGGCCCCGUGAAGGGAUCUGUCACGUCUGCACGACGGCGCCUCCUCUGCAAAGCACCUGAAGUGGAAACCUCUGAUUGCCACAGUCUAAAGCCAUAAAAUACAAUCUCAUCUGAAUGAAAUCUGUGUGCAUAAACCUGUACUGAAAAAGAGGAGGGGAGAUGUACCUUCGGAUGCUUGUUGGCAGCUGUUUGCCGGGGUUAUAUUGACUAGAGCUUCAUGAACCACUUGGGGGUCUUGAAAUUAGUUCAUGUAACCUGCGACACGCUGUGCCAACUUUGGUGGCGGUGCAUGGUUUAGAAAAUUGUCACCACUGACACAUUUUUUCAUGGGGCCUGCAUUGCUAUCUUUGAUUCUUGCUGUAAUGAAUUUGAGAAAAAAAAAAGAUGUAAUAAAAACAUACAAAUGAA